AUGGCCGACCGAGGAUAUUCCACCCUGACCAAGCUAGGCUUGGGCGCCCUGACCUUCAACUCGGCACUCGCCAUCUACAACUCCUGGGGCGACGCCGGCUCCGUGGCGUUCGUGCUCGCCGCGGACGCCGCGCUCGUGCUGCUCUUCCUCUGCCUCCGUGAGUUUGAGCGGGGCGGCAGGGGCAGGGAUGCCAAGAUCAAGGCCGCCGUGUGGGCGCUCACCACGCUGCUCACGGCCAUGUUCGCCUCGAGGGUGGCGCCGCUCAUGCCGCCGCCGGUGGCCGCGGUGGUCUGGCUCUUGGCCGUCGCCACGGCCGCAGGAGGGUUCUCGUCGUUUUUCCUUAAUUGA